AGAAACCUAGAGAGACCCCACUCCUCCCAUCCCCAACCUGGAAUUGUAGAGAGAGAAAGAAGGGUCUAGAGAGAGAAAGAUGAGCGCAGUGUCGACGGCGGGUUACCUAGCUCGGAGGGCAGCGCAGAAGGAGAGGGUUCGGAUCCUCUACCGCCGAGCCCUCAAAAACACUCUCAACUGGGCCGUCCAUCGCCACCUCUUCUAUUCUGAUGCUUCAGACCUUCGCGAGCGUUUCGAGGCCAACAAGCACGUGGAAGAUCUUGAUACAAUUGAUAGACUGAUAGCUGAUGCGGAAGAAAGCUACAAUAUGUGGCGGCACCCUGAUCCUUAUAUUGUUCCAUGGGCUCCUGGUGGUAGCAAGUUCCAUCGCAAUCCAACUCCACCUUCCGGGAUUGAGAUAGUAUAUGACUAUGGCAAAGAAGAUAAUGACUAAAACCUGCAAGUUUUUCCUGCAAAUAAAUAAAGAUUAUGAUGACCAGUUGCAGUUAUUUGGAAGAUAAUGUUCCAGGCCAGCAUCUUUUAUGUGUUUCAAAGCAAAUUCUUGCUUUAAAAACCUUAAUUGUUGAGGUGCUCAGUUGCCAUGUAUUUGGUACUUUUGUUUUGGAAGGAUCUUGGACACACAAUGUGAUGAUGCGUUAUGAAGCAAAAUGGUUGAAUUAAGCAUGAA